CUUGCUCAGUGUUGUAGAAAAAAGUGAAAAGUGAACAAUUUCUUCUGAUUAGCGUAUAUUAAAAUAAAAUACUUGUAAAUUAUUUAUAAUUGUGCCUCGUCCUUUUGUGUAACCUUAAUCAAAUACUUUAUAUAUAUUAUUGACCAGAAAGGUAGAGAAAUUUAAUUGCUUUGCAUGAAGUGAAGGAAUUUAGUUAUGUGGUGUUUUUCAUGCGUCUCAUCUGAUACUAACUCAGAACCAAUGGCGACAAUUCGCAAGAAGUUAGUUAUCGUUGGCGACGGUGCUUGUGGUAAAACUUGCCUCCUCAUAGUCUUCAGUAAGGAUCAAUUUCCAGAGGUCUAUGUCCCAACAGUCUUCGAGAACUAUGUCGCAGAUAUCGAAGUCGAUGGCAAACAGGUCGAGCUGGCUCUGUGGGAUACAGCUGGGCAAGAAGACUACGAUAGACUCAGGCCGCUGAGUUAUCCAGAUACAGAUGUUAUUUUAAUGUGUUUUUCAGUCGACUCACCCGACUCGUUAGAAAAUAUUCCAGAAAAAUGGACACCCGAAGUAAAACAUUUUUGUCCAAAUGUCCCUAUCAUUUUAGUGGGAAAUAAGAAAGAUCUUCGAAAUGACCCCAACACAAUUAGAGAUUUAGCUAAAAUGAAGCAAGAACCUGUUAAGCCACAAGAAGGCCGUGCCAUGGCCGAAAAAAUUAAUGCUUUUGCUUAUUUGGAAUGUUCCGCCAAGUCAAAGGAAGGUGUUAGAGAUGUUUUCGAAACGGCUACUAGAGCUGCCCUACAAGUCAAAAAGAAGAAGAAGACCAAAUGUCUUUUGCUCUAAGAGAGCAACUACGACAUCAAAUGUGGAUUUGAUCGAUGUUUCAUCUUUUAUUAUUAUUUUAUUUUAUUUUACAAUUUUUGAAAAAUUAUAUAUAUUAUAUUUAAAAAAAACAACAAAAUCAAAUCAAAAACAAAACCAGCAGCAACAGUAACAACUACUACAACAACAAAAUAAAUGUAAAUGAAACAAACGAGAAACAAUUCGUACAGAAAAAAAAAACAAA